CCACAAUUAAGUCUCCCUGGAGCCUUCACUUCUCCAAGCUAAACAAGCUCAGUUCCUUAUGUCCAGAAAUGUAUUUACUGAAGAAAAAUAGCAAAAUUAUAGAGUAUAGCUAUGGAAACUAUCUCCCCCUUACCUCCUCCCCAACACUUUCUCCUGGUGACUAGAGCACUCUGAGGGUCACAAGAUAGGUAAGGAUGCACCUCCUUGUAGGACAGCCUUUUUCUCAUGCUACCAUCUAGCUAGAAACUGUGGAUGGCCUUUUUCUUUACUGUACGUCUCUUCAGCAGAUGCAUCUGGUCAGAAAUACUGUUGAAAGUUGUUCCUGGUCGUUCUUCAUCCAUACUGCAAAGGCUAAGAAGAAGGGGAGUAGAGCUAGUGAGCAUGAAGGCUGCAUUGUGUCAGAGCCUUGCAGCAAGAGUGUGGAUGCCCAGAAUUAAGGUCAUAUGGACCAACAUCCUGGAGUGGUGCUGGAGAGUGUGAACUACUGGAGAACCUGUUGGUCACCUCUCAACCCCUGCACUGGCCUGUUCGAAUCAUACCUGUGGCAACUGCCAGCUUCAGAGAAGGGAAUUAAGGUUGCAUCACAAGGGUAUGAUAUAUUAGCAUUUUACCAUUUCCAGGGGUGUAAAUUGAGGCAUAUUAGAGGUAUGAGACACUACCUGCCCUUAUCUGUGUUAAUGAGUUCAGAGUGUUCAGUGUUUAAAAACAGAUUAAUAGCAGGCAUUGGGCAAUACUGCCUGGAAUGUUCCAUGGAGAUAUUCAACUCAAUUGCCAUUACUUACCAAAUCAUAUGAACUAUUCACACACUUGGAAUUGUGGUCAUCAGCACAUGAAAGUCAUCAACCACAAGGUUACCAAAUACUCCAGCACUGUCCAUUUGCCAAAUCAAAGACGUAUUUGGCUGAAGCUAAAACUGAAAUCUAAGUGUCAUCCAAGAGAAAGCUGUGGUUUUGUUUCCUGCGAAAGGCAGCCAGAUUAAAACAAUUUAUAACAGAUUAAUUAAAUGGCCUCUGAAGUAAUGAAACUAUAUUUGUAGUCAUUAAUCAUAUGACUUUGACUAUUCCCUUUAAAUAUUACCUUAAAGAAACUGAAGCAGAUCUAGAACAUCGUGUUACUGGCAUAAGGCAGGCAAUGCUAGUAUGAGGCAUUUUAGUACAGUGUUAAUAAUCUGAAUGGACCAUUUGAACUUACCCACAGCAAGCAAGGCAUUCUGCAUUCUGAGAUUAGGAUAUUCUCAGUAUUUUUUUUUAAAUCAGUCCCUGUAAAGGAAAUUCUCACUACGUUUACAGGGAAUGCCUGAUUUUAAUGAGCAACAUCCUUUCCUUGAUUACCUGUUUUUCAUAUAGUCUCUAAAACCUUUUGAUUGACCCAAUAAACUAGUGUGUGUUUUCUCCCCUCAUUUCCUUCCUACCUUCCCUUUCCUCCUCUCCUCAUUAAUUAUUUGACAUGGACUUCCAAAUAUUUUGUAAAUGAGUAGAUUUCAUAAAUUAUUUUAUAGUGAUUGUGCUUCUUCUAAACAUCCAAAAGAUGACCCUCAAUUGUAAUGUUUAGCACUGGAUUCACAACCAGGUUCUGUUCCAAGCUCUGAUUUUGAUUGAAUCUCUCUGAGCAGAAUUUUAGCAAGAACAAUUACUUUGGCUGAAAAGUGACAAAUUAUUAUGCACAGAUGGAAGGCUAAUAUGUAUUAUGGGCCAUAAUACCAAGAGAGAUUAUUUUUCAGAGUGCAAUUGCCUUGUAAAUUUAGAUAUUAACAACAUAAUUAAUUAUAUUAAUUAAAAACCUAGCUCAAUUAAGUUCAUCUGCAUUUAGUUCCAAAAUCAUUCUCAGUGUCCCAAAAUGGGGAAAGAAUGGGAUGGCUCUCCCUUUUUUGAUCAGAAGAAACACAAAUAACAGGACAGACAUUCAAUUCUUCCUCCUGCCUUAAUAAGACGUUACAGUAUUUAUGUGAGAUUUGUCUGUUAUAUGUAAGAUUACAUUAUGGAUACAAGAUAGUUUUAAAUAUCUGAAACAAAAAGGAUGCAUUUAGCUUUCUUAAUAGAUAUAUUAGAAUCAGGAAAGCAAGACCUGACAGUAGACAAUGAUAAUUCCCCUUGUCCUUGUGUCACAAGAAGCCAUUAGCUCUUUUUGCUCCACAAGUUGAACACUUCGAAAGGAAAGCAUGUAAUGUCUCCUCUUCUGUGGAGGUAUUUCACUGACUUGCUGCAAGCUUCAAAGAAUCAUAGUGAGAUACAUGAGUAAACUGGCUUAGUAGCAAACUACCCCUUACCCAUUUCUCAUAGGAGACUUAUUUCUUCUUCAUAUUCUUAAAAUGUGGAGUAAGUUACAAACUCUGAGUAGGCUGUGCUCCAAACUUCCACUCUGUGUGUACUAUUACACUAACAUGGUAUUUGCUGGCUUGAUGCCAUCGACAAAACAUGACUGUAGCAUCAGAAAUAAUAAAUAUAUGAAAAGUUAAAACGAGUGAAAAACAAACCCUUCUCGGAAGAUUGUAGCUACCUUUGGAAACAACCUGGCCCUUCCAAAACUGUGCGGGAACUGGAGAUUUUUAGCAUGGACAUGUCAGCUUCAAGUUGUCAUUUUUACCCACACAGAACUAUAUGGGUUAAGGCCUGGUCUCUCCUGGGUCUUCUCAGUAUUUCAGAGUGGAUCCACAAAGCACCUAUACCGACUCCCAACCAGGAGCUGGUGUGGGGAAAUAUUGCUGGAACCCUCUUAGUAAAUUUGGGCCAUCGUGGAGACAAUAAUGUGAGGUACUCGAGGAUAAAAGGAGACUAUAUACUUCGUGGUUUCUUUCUUAUGGUACACAUAUAAGAAAAGCUGAGGGUCCUGUUAGUGCAUCUCCAAGUUAAAUUAAAAGCACAGAACUAUUCAAAAUCCUGUGGGAAGGUGAACUCAAAGCAGCUGAAGUCUAUGGUGCGUAACUGUACUCCUGGUUAAUCUAUUGAGGCAGAAGAGCAGUGUGGUUUCAUUAGGUGGGAAUCGUGGUGAAGGUGCUUUUACACAAGGCAAGAUCAAUGCUUCUUUCAUGUGGUUUGGUUUUGGUUAUUUAGUUUAUUGGGUGCUUCUAAGUGUAGUUUGUAUGUUUUUUUCCUGAAAACAGACCUGUUUCUUAAGACCCAAGUGACUGGCUGUUUGACUUCCAAAAACAAAGGUGAGGCUCUCGUCCCUCCAGUCAGUUUCCUUCAAGCUUAAGGGCAUAGUUAGAGAAUGCAGCUGUAUCAACCACCACGAUAACAGUAUCACUUGAGCAGAUAAUAUUCUCUCCUUAAAACUGAGUCCUGCUCCCUCCUCCUGUCCACCCCCUCCCUCACUCCGCAAAGUUCAUUCACGCUGAACUCCCGAGAACUAUCUCUUCUCGUUCCCCAUGAAACCUCAGCAGCCCAGCACGCUUUCCAACGACCCUCCCCCCAUUCAGGGCUCCACGCGGCGACCAAUCGCCCCCCACUACGGGAGGGCAGCUCCGCGCAUGCGCAGCAGCUGCCGAACCCCUCCUCCCACCCGAGGGCUUCCGAACCCUUCCGAAGCCCCCCAUCGCGGCACGCAUGCGCACCUUGCAGGGGGCAGUCUCACCAACGUCCUUCUGUUCCCCCCCCACCUUCCCAGCGGAUCCCGGCCCCCCUCCCAGGGCCCGCAGCACGCAUGUGCGGUUGCCAGGGCGGCCGGCUGCGGUGAAGGUUUAAAAUCGGCGGGGCAUGCGCAGCGCCGGUUCUGGCUCUGGCGAGGGGGACGCCACAUUGGAUCGGCGCGGGGAGCGCUCCGGGCAGCGCCGGGCCGGUACGGUGCUCGCCUCGCCGGGCCGCAUGCCGCUGCUCCCGGCCCGCGCGUAGCGCCGCUCCGGGCCCGGCGCGCUGAGGCGAGCGGCUGCGCGGUGAGCGGGCGGCGGCGCGGCGCUCUGGCUGGGCCGUGAGGGUCGGAGUCGGGCGGGCGUGGAUGGAUCCCCGCGUGGCCUGGAUCCAGCCCGAGCAGAAAGGCCCCGCGAAUGCGCUCUGGAUGCAGAUCUGGGAGACCUCGCAGGGCGUGGGGGGCCGCGGCGGCGGCGGCGCCUUUCCGCACUACCUCUGCCUCAACUCCCCGGCGCUGGACUCGGCCGCCGCCGUCGCCUCGCCGCCCCGCGGCCACGGCUGCGCUCGGCUCGGGGCUCCCGGCGGCGGCCGCUGCUCCUCGUCCUCGCCGCCGUCGCCCUCGCCGUCCCCCCCGGCGCUGCUGACCGGACUAGUGCCCGCCGCCGGCCCCGCGGCGGCGGUGAACGGCGGCGGUGAGGGAGGGCGGCGGCUGCAGAAGUCGCCCUCGGUGUCUUCCUCGUCCUCCUGCUCGUCGGUGGAGUCCGGCACCGAGAGCCCCGGCUUCUCCUCCUCGGGGUCGUGCGGCGGCGGCGGCGGCUCCUCCUCUUCCUCCUGCGGCCCCCGGGCGGCGUUGGCUCCUCCCGGGCUGCCGGGCGGCGGUGCUGGGCCCGGGGAGUUCUUCAACUUCCACGAGAACGGCAAAGCGAACGGCGCGCACGGGCACCACCCGGCAUCGCACCUCUCCCGCAACCCCCACCCACCGCCGCCGGCUUCUCCCCAGCAGCACCAGUACCACCCGGGCCGCAGGAAACGAGAGAAUAAGGCCAGCACCUAUGGCAUGAAUUACCUGCUCUCCGGCAGCCGCGGCGUGGCCGUCGCCGCCUCCCCGCACCAGCAGCGUCAGCCGCCCCAGCCCGCGCUGCAGAGCCCCGGCACCCCCUGGAAGAGCAGGAAGUACAGCCCGGGCGUGCAGGGACUACACGAAGAAAUAAUUGACUUCUAUGACUUCAUGUCCCCUCGUCCAGAAGAAGCAGCUAUGAGAAGAGAAGUGGUGAAAAGAAUAGAAACGGUCAUCAAAGAUCUUUGGCCUACAGCUGAUGUCCAGAUAUUUGGCAGCUUUAGUACAGGGCUUUAUCUUCCAACUAGUGAUAUUGAUUUAGUUGUUUUUGGGAAGUGGGAACGCCCCCCUUUACAGCUGCUGGAGCAAGCACUAAGAAAACACAAUGUGGCUGAGCCAUAUUCCAUCAAAGUACUUGAUAAAGCUACGGUACCAAUAAUAAAACUCACUGACCAGGAGACAGAAGUGAAAGUUGACAUCAGUUUUAAUGUAGAAACUGGUGUGAAGGCAGCUCGAUUUAUCAAGGAAUACAUGAAGAAAUAUUCCUUGCUGCCUUACUUGAUUUUAGUAUUAAAACAGUUCCUACUUCAGAGGGACUUGAAUGAAGUUUUUACUGGUGGAAUUAGCUCUUAUAGCCUAAUUUUAAUGGCAAUUAGUUUCCUGCAGCUGCAUCCAAGAAUUGAUGCCAGAAGAGCUGAUGAAAACCUUGGAAUGCUUCUGAUAGAAUUUUUUGAACUCUAUGGAAGGAAUUUUAACUACUUGAAAACUGGUAUUAGAAUAAAAAAUGGAGGUGCCUAUAUUGCCAAAGAAGAAAUCAUGAAAGUCAUGACAAAUGGAUACAGACCAUCCAUGUUAUGUAUUGAAGAUCCUCUGCUGCCUGGAAACGACGUUGGCAGAAGUUCUUACGGUGCCAUGCAAGUGAAACAAGUUUUUGAUUAUGCCUACAUUGUUCUUAGCCAUGCAGUAUCACCACUUGCAAGAUCAUAUCCAAAUAGAGAUUCUGAGAGCACAUUAGGUAGAAUCAUCAAAGUGACCCAAGAAGUGAUUGACUACAGGGCCUGGAUUAAAAAGAAGUGGGGGAGCAAAAUUAAUUUAUCACCUGAACUUGAUAAUAGGUUGAAAAUAAGAGACCAGAUAGCUCCAUGCAAUGGAGAACAGAACAACAACAGAGACUCUGAAUCAUCUUACAACCAACGCUUGACUUUGUCAUUGGCUAGUACACAACAGUUAUCCUCUGGCUCAUCUGCGUCGUCUGUAUCAUCACUCUCUGGCAGUGACAUUGAUUCUGAUACACCACCUUGCACAGCUCCUAAUGUUUACCAGUUCAGUCUGCAAGCACCGACUCAACUUAUGGCCAGUUUACCACCAGCAUUGCCUAUGCCCAGUGGUAAACCCCAAUCUGCGCCUACGAGAACCUUGAUAAUGGCCGCCAGUAAUCAGCACACUGGGAUGAAGUUUUCCAUGAAAGGAACUCAUAACCAAGGCAACAGCUACAGUCCUGUCAACAGUGGAGGCAUGAGGCAACCAGUUGGUAACAGAGGACACCACCAGUACAAUCGUAAUAUAUGGAGAAGAAAAAAACACAGAGACAGUUUACCUAUUAGUCUGAGCAGAUAAUGGCAGAUGGCAAAAUGACCUUCCCUGUUCAGACAAACUGAGCGAGUGCCACUCGACUUAGGGGAUGGAGACCAGCGUCCAGCACAUCGUUUUAUUGGUGUUGCCAAAUAUCUGCAGCUGACUUCUUUGCAUGUUUCUUUGUGUGGUGGUUCAGUCCAUCUUCAAGAAGUAGUUGUGCUUAUCUGUGAAGCCUUAUUAAAUGUGGAAGUUUUGUUUUUCUGCCUUCCCACAAUGGUUCAUACGGUGCCGAAGCAGCUCUGACAGUAGAACUGCAAGGACAUUUACAAAUGCUGUGGCUUUUUUUGCUGUGGCUACAUCUGUUCCUAUGUGGGUUCUGUUUUCUUUUAUUUUGGAAGUGAAGGAAACUUCAGCCCCUUCGAUUUUUUUUUUUUUUUUUUUUUUUUUUCUUUGCAGCAAAUCGAGUUGGGAAUUCAAAAAAAUAAAUUUGCUGCAGUCCUGUUUGUUUCAAAGUUCAGGAUUUUUUGCUCUGUAAAUAUUGGAGAUAUAAUUUGUGCAAUAACUUGGAAUUUUAAUUUAAUUUCAUAUUGUCACAUAAGUUAUAUUUAAGGGGAAGAGGUUUUUUAAUUUACAGAUCCUUUCCCAGGUUGCAUUAUCUAAGUUGGGUUCAUAGUUUUGGCAGGUUGUCUGAGCAGUGUUACAAACAUGACAUUUGGUAAUAUUUGAGGCUUCUUGAUUCACAGUGGAAGAGCGAUUUGGCUUAUAGUUUUAAGAAGGUAUUAAGCUCCAAAGCAUUUCGACCCUAUGUUUUUUUAGCUCAUUGUCUGGCCUCUACAGUCUUCUUGCUCUGACCAAUGAGUUUUAAUUUUAUUCCUUUUAAUAGAUGACAAAUCCAGCAUUCUUAGUACCAGAAGUAAAACUUUCGAGGGAGGGGAGAAGGUUGGUUCAAGUCCCGAUGUGAAAUUAAAAAGCGGCGAACUACAUGCUUUGAUGCAUUUUAGUAAUGUAACCUGUUAAUGUUUGGGUUCAAACAACAUUAUUAAAUGGAGGUACCCGGCUUAAGGAAUGUGGAGAAAGGAAAUAUGUUGAUUCCAUUAAGGAAUCUGUAUAGCAGUAUGCAUUAGUUCUGUUAAGAGCAAAUAUAUAAAAAGUACUUCAGCUGCUCUAAGCAUUAUGAGAAGUAUCUUUUAAUGUAUUGCAGGAGAGCACAGCCCAGUGUUGUACGCAGUAUGAGUGGCUGGCACUUAAUUUACAGAUGCAUACAGGUAUACUAUGCAAGUGUGUAUUGCCAUGACAAACACUGUCUUUAACUUUUUGAAAAAAUGUACAUCCUGCCUAACCCUGAGUUUUUAAAGCACCACAGUUGUCCUGGGAGUAGGUCACGUCUCAUGCCCUCUGACUUCCUGUUUUUUUAGCGAGAGUUCUUAAACUAUACAGAAAACUACAGAUCAGUUGUAUAAAUCCAUUAGCAGAGAAAGCUGAAGAAUCCUGUUAACAGGACUAUACUGUAUACAGAUAGAGAAGGUUUUAAAACUGAUAUCCGAGUGGUAAAAUGAGGUGUCGAGCAUGAAGCUUUUUAAUAUGCUGUAUGCCUUUGAAGCAGAAGUAGUUCAUGUUAUUACUGAAUCUGUCAAACAGGUCUUUGAGGGGAGAGAGGGCAACAUUCCAAAGUAGAGUAGUGCAUAUGUUUGCAAAAAGUUUGUCUUAAUGCUCCAGGUUCGUCACAAUUUUAAACAAAAAAAAAAUUGUGAGCUGAUUCAUAAAUAAUAUCUAAGGGCUGUUACAGGAGCCUGUACUGCUUAGUCUUCACACACUAGCAAUAUUGAGCAUAACUACAUUAAAGAGCCUUCAAAGGCUUUAGUUGGUGUCUUAUUCUAGCGUCCAUUUUAAAGUGAAAUUCAUUUAAAAGUGGUAUCAUGUAACACUUCAGUCAUGGUGAACCAAAUAAAUUGGCCUGGCUAUCACUGUGGUUAUGUGCUACAGGUUUGAAAAAAAAAAUCAUGUUUAAAUUUUUUGUGUGGACAACUAUGUGGAAGCUAAAAUUGACAUAUUUUUAUGUAAAGUUUUCUAUUCUUUGAUUUUUAAUAAACUUUGGAGACCAGUCA